AUAUUUUACACGAAUAUACUAUUGGGCCUUAAGUAUUUAGUUAUCGGCCCAUAAGCAUUUAACGAUAACGGGAGUUUGGUGAAUCCGAAGCUAAUCUCUAAAAUCUUUCAGUUUCGAGAUCCAAAGUCACUCACUUUUUUCUGAAAUUCGCUACUCAGAAUUUUCCCGCUCCACUGCAUCUCUACGGCGAAUGGACUCACCGAUGUCAACGAGUUCCAUAGACGGAGACGAAGAUUGGGAAUGUUACGAAGACGAUGGCUUCGUUUACAAUCGAAAAAAGCGAACCCGUUUCGCCGACGCUGAAGAAACAUCAAAACCGCCGGAUCCGGAGUUAGAUCGGGUGGUAGAAGAGAGGAAUCGAAGGAUACGGAAGAAGAGAUUACUGGUGAAGCUCAAAAGAAAGUACCAGAGUGAGAUCGACCAGUGGGAGAUUUUAUCGAAUAGUUUCAAUGCUAUGCAAGAGAAAGCAGAUCGAUUUCAAACGGCGCAAAGAGAAGAGAGGUUAAAUGCGAACGAAACGAUGUCGUUUCCUGGGAAUUCUUCCUCUACAACAGAAGGAGGCCGAGAAUUUGGCGGAGAAGAUGCUUCUAAGUCGCCGUCGUCUAUGCUCGACCAACUUCUUUUUACGGUGGAAAGACAAGAAGCGGUAAUCAACGAAGUCUCAAAGCUAUGUGAAGUUACAGAGAACAUAUGUAGAGUGGAAGAAGAAGAAACGAAGCAGUCCUUCUUUGAUCUUCCCAUAUGGAGCUCACCAACGGAUCUAAUGGCAUCGCUUUGUGGUGAUUAACACUUAAAUUAGUCCUCUUAUGUGGUUUAUCUGAGCUCUCUACUUAUGUUUACUUUGUACAAUGCGUGUGUGUUGUGUUUUGUUGCAAUUGUAGAGUGAUUUUGUGUGUUAGGCUCGAAUUAGGGGGUGUUCUAUCCGGAUUUUAGUCAGUUAUAUCCUCAAUUUUCAAAAAAAGCUUCAGUUUUAUACUGGUUUUUCCGGUACGGUUUCGGGUUCGGGGUUUGGAUAUAGAUAUGGGUUCAGGUAAGUUUGUCUUAGAUUGAAUCCUUCCUAUGCUCAAGAAUUAUGUAUCUAUUUUUGCCAUACCUCGGAUUCUAUAAAUCAUGAAUAUUUUGAAGGCA